AUGGAGUUUCCUCCUGCCGGUGAGCGCAAGGCGCUACAAGUGCCGCCUGAUUUCAGCAUUCGCAGUGUGGACUCCAAUGCCUCUCCAGGAGCUGGAUAUAUCAGUCUCAGCGAGGAGCAAAAGGCCAGGGAGAUGACCAAGCUUCAGCACAUGAUCCGGGACUUUGUCAUGGAGUUCUUGCAGGGCGUUUUCUUAGAUGCCGUGCUGGAAGAUGGCUCUGUGGUCCCCUGCAGAUGUGUCAUGGACAGCAAGCUCUCAGUGCUCAUGUUGCAGGUGCAUGCCACGACACGGACAGUGGAUUUGACCAGCAUCCAGGAGAUUUGCUCUGGAAAGGAGCUCAAGGACCUGCAGGUCACCACACCUUUGGAUGACCAUUGUGUGACCUUGGUCAUGGCGGAUGACCGAUGUGUCUCCUUCAAGUUCCCCGACCGACAAGGCCGUGAGCACUUCGCCACCUGCAUGAAGGUUCCGGUGGAGCAGCGCGAACUGAACGGUGGAGAUGGGAGGUGA